AUGAACUACCUGCGGCGCCGCCUGUCGGACAGCAACUUCAUGGCCAAUCUGCCGAAUGGGUACAUGACAGACCUGCAGCGCCCGCAGCCGCCCCCGCCGCCGCCCUCUGCUGCCAGCCCCGGGGCCACGCCCGGUUCCGCGACUGCCACUGCCGAGAGGGUCUCCGCAGCCGCCCCGGCGGCCUCACCGGCAGCCCCUAGUCCUGGGUCCUCAGGAGGCGGUGGCUUCUUCUCGUCGCUGUCCAACGCGGUCAAGCAGACCACAGCGGCUGCCGCCGCCACCUUCAGCGAGCAGGUGGGCGGAGGCUCGGGGGGCGCAGGCCGCGGGGGCGCCGCCGCCAGGGUGCUGCUGGUCAUCGACGAGCCGCACACCGACUGGGCCAAGUACUUCAAAGGGAAAAAGAUUCACGGAGAAAUUGACAUUAAAGUAGAACAGGCUGAAUUCUCUGAUCUCAACCUCGUGGCUCAUGCCAAUGGUGGGUUCUCUGUGGAUAUGGAAGUCCUUCGGAAUGGAGUUAAAGUCAUGCGGUCUCUGAAGCCGGACUUUGUGCUGAUCCGCCAGCACGCCUUCAGCAUGGCACGCAAUGGAGACUACCGCAGUUUGGUCAUCGGGCUGCAGUAUGCAGGAAUCCCCAGCGUUAACUCUUUGCAUUCUGUCUACAACUUCUGUGACAAGCCCUGGGUGUUUGCCCAGAUGGUUCGACUGCACAAGAAACUGGGGACAGAAGAAUUCCCACUAAUUGACCAGACCUUCUACCCCAAUCACAAAGAGAUGCUCAGCAGCACAACGUAUCCGGUGGUUGUGAAGAUGGGGCAUGCGCACUCCGGCAUGGGCAAGGUCAAAGUGGACAAUCAGCAUGACUUCCAGGACAUCGCAAGCGUUGUGGCGCUGACCAAGACAUAUGCCACUGCCGAGCCCUUCAUCGACGCCAAAUACGAUGUGCGUGUCCAGAAAAUCGGGCAGAACUACAAGGCCUACAUGAGAACGUCGGUGUCAGGGAACUGGAAGACCAACACUGGCUCUGCGAUGCUUGAGCAGAUCGCCAUGUCUGACAGGUACAAGCUCUGGGUGGAUACAUGCUCGGAGAUUUUUGGGGGACUGGACAUCUGUGCAGUGGAAGCGUUGCAUGGCAAGGACGGAAGGGACCACAUCAUUGAGGUGGUGGGCUCCUCCAUGCCGCUCAUUGGGGACCACCAGGAUGAAGACAAGCAGCUCAUCGUAGAGCUCGUGGUGAACAAGAUGGCUCAGGCCUUGCCCCGGCAGCGGCAGCAGCAGCAGCAGCAGCAGCAGCGGGAUGCCUCACCUGGCAGGGGCUCCCACAGCCAGACUCCCUCCCCAGGGGCCCUGCCCUUGGGUCGCCAGACCUCCCAGCAGCCUGCGGGCCCCCCAGCUCAGCAGCGACCUCCACCACAGGGUGGCCCUCCACAGCCUGGCCCAGGCCCCCAGCGCCAGGGACCCCCGUUGCAGCAGCGCCCACCCCCACAGGGCCAGCAGCAUCUUUCAGGCCUUGGACCCCCAGCCGGCAGCCCCCUGCCACAGCGCCUACCGAGUCCCACAUCGGCGCCCCAGCAGCCUGUAUCCCAGGCUGCACCUCUGACCCAGGGUCAAGGUCGCCAAUCCCGGCCAGUGGCGGGAGGCCCAGGAGCGCCUCCAGCUGCUCGUCCGCCUGCCUCCCCAUCUCCCCAGCGCCAGGCGGGUCCCCCACAGGCGACCCGCCAGACGUCUGUCUCUGGUCCAGCUCCACCAAAGGCCUCAGGGGCCCCACCGGGUGGGCAGCAGCGCCAGGGCCCUCCGCAGAAACCCCCAGGCCCUGCUGGCCCCACACGCCAGGCCAGCCAGGCAGGUCCUGGGCCCCGCACUGGGCCACCCACCACGCAGCAGCCUCGGCCCAGCGGCCCAGGCCCUGCUGGACGUCCUGCCAAGCCACAGCUGGCCCAGAAACCCAGCCAGGACGUGCCGCCACCCGCCACCGCCGCUGCCGGGGGACCCCCGCACCCCCAGCUCAACAAAUCCCAGUCUCUGACCAAUGCCUUCAACCUUCCAGAGCCAGCCCCGCCCAGGCCCAGCCUUAGCCAGGACGAGGUGAAAGCUGAGACCAUCCGCAGCCUGAGGAAGUCUUUCGCCAGCCUCUUCUCCGACUGACACCCCACCCUGAGAACCCCCAAAUCCCUGGGCAACCUUUCUCUGGGCCCUGAAUCCAUUUCUCACUUUUGGAGUCUCCAGAUCCCUUGAGAACCCCCUUCUGCUGGUUCUCCCGGACCCCACUUCUCAUUCUUCAAGAUGCUCACGUCCCUUGAGAAACCCCAUGCCUGGUCCUACACCUCAUUCUCCCAUCUGCAAGUUCCAGGUCCUUUUAGAACCCCACUCCUGCUCUCUCCGCCAGGUUGGUGUUAGAACCUCCAAGUUCCCAAAGGCCUCCUCUGCUGGUCUCCCCAGAGGGCGUUUCCCUUCCUGGAAGCCCCCAAACACCAGGCCACUCGUUUCCGGCUCAGACACCACUUGAGCCUCCUCCGGAGCCCUGAAAUUCCUGGAAAACCCCACUCCUGGUCCCACAUCUCCCCAGCACAAGAAACCCCUACCUUUGAGCCCCUUUCCACGGAGCUCCUCUCUCUCUCUCUCUCUGGAGAUCCACACCUUCGAACACCACCCACCUCCCGGCGCCAUAAGGAUUUCCCUGCGCCCACUCCUCCAAGUCCAUUCAGCACUUUGGGAGCUCCUCCCACUUCCAGGACCCUUCGGUUCCCCCAGGGACUCCCUCCCCAGAUUCCUGCCUCUGACAGCUGUCUUUAAAUAUGCAAACUCCACCCAUCCUCUCAGAAUCCUUUGCACACGGAAGGCCAGCGGUCUCCCACUUCCCCACCUCUGCCGUGACGUCUGUGUCUGUGACUGGUGUGGCCUCCUCUGGUGCCGUGCUUGGCAUAUGUGGUCCUCGUUCAUCGUGCCGCCUGUGGUGACGCGUGCAGUGACGCUGUUUGUGUGGUCCGCACCUCCCCCUCCCACCUCCGCUCCUUGCCUGGACUCACCCCAUCCCUCAGCGGCUCUGAACCCCAAGAGAAGAGUCGGGAAGCUAAAUAAACAAGCAAAGG